GAGAUGCCUUACGGGCUAGAAUAACGAAGCGAAGGGGACACACUAAAUGGAACAACAAAAAAGCCGAAACAGAGAACAGAAAGAAACUAGUAGCUUCUAAAGUAUAUUAAGACUCAUUUCCAGUUGUUAGCCAAGGAGUUGCGGGGUAACGCUAUCAAUAUUUCAAUGAUAAUUUACGCGUGCGUUCGAAUCCAUGUUUGAGUUGAAGGCCUAUCUAUGACGUUCACUGUCACGCACACAUCUCUGUCUGUUCCCGUCAAUCAAGAUGGACAAUAACAACAACUUGCCAUAUGGGGCGAUGCACGGACAAAGCGUGAACCUUUUAACUCAAGGAACACGGCCGAGUCAGGCUGCUGCUUUUGAUCCUUUAGCGGUAGCCAGAAAUGUAAAUUUGGCGGGUCCUGAAAGAAGAUCAUUUGUUGACCCAAGGCCAUGGGUGGGGAAUGGUGGGAUGGUGCAAAGCACAUCCCCCCUUGGUGUGAUUGCUGGUCAGCCUGUAGCACCACAUGUGCCGUAUAUCAACACCCAGUCGAUAGUGGACGGUGUGUCCUCACCCCAGCCUGGUGUAAACAAUAGUCAUAUUGUGCAGGGUGCCGUUAUGGGGCUACAAGGUCCUAUUACAAGGCAAUUUACACCCUCUUGGACAUUGAAUAUGCCGUCAGUGGUCACUCCUGCUAACUCUGGUGUGAUACCUUUACCAAUAAUACAUCAGAAUAAUAACAGGACUUCAUCAGAGCCAUGUAAAAGUCCUACUAAUAGAGUGAAAAGAAAAGUGAGCAGGGAUGCAGCUGGGGGGCCAUCACCGAAGCAGUUUAUUUCAGAGGAAAAAAUGGCUGCCAAGAUGCAUGAUCUGUGCAUUAGCAAUGACCACACCUACUAUAGUAGUGGACUAACACCACCAUGGAAUCCUACCUCAGACAACAAAACACCUAAGGAAGAUGGCAGUGAUGAUGAAGGAAUGAGUGAAGGGCAGCAGAUGUUCUCCCUUGCUCCUGGGAUAAAAGAAAUUCUUACUAAAGAAAAUGCUCUCUUGCCACAGGCAAUUCUAGACCAGAUAAACAAGCCAUGUCUUGCCAUUAUCCCAUGGAAGCCUCCAGAGAAUGUUCUUAAUACGACUGGCUUCUACUUUGGACAGAAUAAGACUGACGAUGAGAAAGCCAGGGACAAUGAAAAUGGCAGAAAUGAGGAGAUUGAUACUGGAACAGCUGGUUUGGUAUCAGGGGUUGAUCAUGUGGAGGUUGUAGGAGACACUUUCGACUUUGAUGACAUGGAUUUAUGAUCAAGAGAAAAUACAUAAAAAAAAGUAGAUAAUUUUUUCCCUUUCAGGGACUUCCCCUAAAAUAAUCACAUAUGCUGGUCAAGAAAAUGAAUUUUAAACCUAAGCAAUAGCAAAAUGGGUGUGGCUAGCAUACAUUUUUAUCCCUAAGAGACAGUUGUUAGAAGAAAACAAAUUCUCAGUGCAUUAUUGAUUUGGAUUGUUUGCAUUGUGCUAGAUACCACCCUUUGUCAUAGCAGAUUUCCUAUAAGACCCUAACGUAAAGCACUUGGCACAUAUUUUUAUACCCUCUUGUACUAACUUCCACCAGCUAUACUGGUGCGGAAGGCACAACAGAGCUAGGGCUCCACAUCAAGUGCCCCCAUGUGUGUAUUGUUAGUAAGCACUGUCACUGGGGGUGGUCACUGCCAGAGGGUUUAUUGCGUCGUCAGUGGUUCUUUUGCGUCCCUUCGGUUCAGGUUAGUGUAAUGCAGCUUGAAGAGACGGGACCUCCGGUUUAGUGUCCUUAUCCGAGAAGACUGGAAACUUCAGUUGAAUAACUUCAACUCACUUGUGACACAAAUUCGAAUCAAGGCAUGAUCCCAGAUAAAUCCCACGUGUUUGAGCCAGGAUGCGAACCUGGGCUACAGCGGUGAGAGGCCGACGCGCUAACACACUAGGCCACCCAUGCUUCCUAUGUAUUUUCCCUCUAUUCCCUAACAGGGCAAGAAGAUGUGCUUUGGUUUUAUUGAAAACUUGACGUACAAAAGUAGAUAGAGUAAUUAUGACUAUUUUAGUUCAUGUUUCUCAUGUAACUUAGUAUAAAGAACUUUUGUGUCAUCAGAAAAUAUUUGUAUUAUUAUUAUUUGAAGCUAUUACAAUAUUUUAUUCGAUUGGCAUUAAA